AUGCUAAUGUUCGCACACAUUUUCAAGUCCUGUACUCAAGACAGCUAUGCAGUCCUUGCGGUUAUGGCCGAUGUUAUUCGGCAACUCAAGAUCGCCAUGCCCGGGCUCAAGACCGUCUGUUAUCGGCAGGAUAAUGCCGGCUGCUACCACCUUGGAACCACUCUCGUCUGUGCAGCAGCCCUUGGCCAUGAAGAAGGUGUCAAGAUCAGGCGUCUAGAUUUUUCUGAUCCACAAGGGAGCAAGGUGGCAUGUGAUCGGAAGGCUGCGACUAUUAAGUCCCAUGUGAGCAUUUAUCUUAAUGCUGGAAAUGAUAUCGAGACGCCUGAGCAGAUGAGGGACGCGAUACUCUCUUCUGGUGGAGUUCCUAGUGUUAACGUAGCAUUGUGUGAGAGUGUCCAAGUCCUGAACGUGCUAUCUUCAAAGAUAGAGGGUAUUAGUCAGCUCAGUAAUGUCGAGUACAAGGAAGAGGGGCUACUAGUUUGGAGGGCGUAUGGUAUCGGCAAUGGUAAACUCAUCCCUACAGACAAAUUGCAUUGCCCAUCCCCAUCUGACCUACCGACCCUUACCGGAGUUACUCGCUCUUACUCAGGCGCAUUUACAUUUGUCAAGGAGAGGCGCAUAAAAGCAUCAGUUCGAGAUCCAGAUCCACCAGUGAAUAUCGAAGAGGAAGACAGUAACGCGGCGAUCUUCAGUUGUCCUGAGGAGGGUUGUGUCAAAACAUCUGUGAGAUAUUCAUCAAUGCAGCGGCAUUUAGACUGUGGAAAAAACACCAACGUGCUCUUCAGCGAUAUACUCUACUGGAUAGAACUGCUGUUGGAUAUGCUCAAAGGCUUGAGGGGCAAUGCGAAGCUGUCCCCGAGUUGGACGCAGUUGCAGAACCGCCAUCUUCUCACGACAUGUUACCAAAGGGUUGGGCGCUCAAGUCAAGUGCUUCCCGUAGAUGUAGAUUUACGUACAAGCAAAAGAACUACCUGA